AUGAUUAAAAUUGGAGGUUGGAAUAUAAGGGGAUUGAAUGACCCCUUAAAACAGGUGGAGGUUAGUAAUUUUAUUCAAGUUAAUAAAUUAGCUAUGGUAGGUAUUGUUGAGACUCAUGUCCAGGAAGCAAAUAAAAGUAGAAUAAGAAAUAAUAUUUGUCAUUCUUGGAGUUUAGUUGAUAACUAUUCUCUUGAUCCUUCUGGGAGAAUAUGGGUUGGACGGAAUAAAGAAGUUAUGACAGUCAAUGUUCUUCAUACUUGUUUUCAGGCUAUCUUCCUUGAGGUAACUACCUUUCAAAAUCAGAAUUUCAUAGUUACUUUUUUUUAUGGUAGUAAUGAUAUUAUUCAAAGAAGAUUUUUGUGGAGCACAAUAAGAGCGUUUGAUGGUGCCAAUGCAAAGCCUUGGAUCCUGUUAGGAGAUUUUAAUUAUAUGCUGGAAGGUUGUGAUAGAAUAACUAAAACUGAUGUCACAUCUGCUCAAUACUCUGAUUUUAGAGAUUGUGUUCAGGAUAGUCAUAUUUUUUAUUUAAGAUAUAGUGGUUGUUUUUAUACUUGGAGUAACAAGCAGGAGGGUGAUACAAGAAUUGCUUCAAAGAUUGAUAGAUUCAUGGUGAAUAUGGAAUGGUUAGAUAUUUUUGCUGAAUCUAGUGCUAAAUUUCUAAAUCUUGGCAUUUCUGAUCAUAGCCCAGCCAUUGUUAGUAUUUUUGAAGGUAGAUACCAUGGUCAUCCUCCUUAUAAAUUUUGCAGUUUUUGGGCUGAGGAACCUGAUUUUCUGGAGGUUGUUAAAAACUCAUGGAAGGAUCCUGUUCAUGGGAAUCCUAUGAUGGUCCUUGUCAAAAAAUUGAAGAGAUUCAAGAAGGUGUUGAUUGAUUGGAAAAAUGAAAGAUUCAGAAAGUUUUCUGAACAAGUAGAGACUGCAAAGCAUCAAAUGUAUGAGGUUCAACAACAACUUCAGUCAAACCCUUUUAAUAGAGACAUUGCUAAGCAAGAGAAGGUAGAUGUUCAGUCUUAUGUAAAUCUCACUAGAUAUGAAGAAUCUAUUGUCAAUGAGAAGUAUAAAGUUAAAUGGAUGGCAGUGGGGGAUUAA